AUGUUGAAUGACGAGCAGGCACAGUGGAAGAUCGCCGCGAGGCCGGAAAAGAAACGCCUAUUGAUAGCGGUUAACUGCCUCGCUGGCGUUGCAAUCUUCUUUUUCGGCUAUGACCAAGGGAUGAUGGCUGGGGUGAAUGACCCCAAAUCCUACGUUAAGCGGAUGGGGCUGGGGUACAAGAAAAAUGGAUCAAUAACGGUCACCAACACUCUCUUGCAGGGAAGCAUCAUCUCAGUCUACUAUUUGGGAACUUUGGUUGGAUGCUUUAUGGCGAUGAACCCGGAGUGGAUGAUCACAUUUCGUCUUAUUAACGGCAUCGGGACUGGAAUUCUCAAUGCUACUGUUCUAGUGUAUGGCUCCGAGCUUGUGGAUUACGAGUCUCGUGGCAUGUUCAUCGCCAUGGAGUUCACUUUGAACAUUUUGAAUGUGGGACUUUUUGCUAUUUUCUUCAAUAAAAUGAAUUUGUAG